GCANNGAUGGCUGGUUCCGCGAGAUCUCGGACAUGUGGCCCGGCCAGGCAAUGACCCUCAAGGUCAACCAGGUCGUCCACCACGAAAAGUCCAAGUACCAGGAUGUCCUUAUCUUCGAGUCGACCGACUACGGCAUGGUCCUCGUCCUCGACAAUGUCAUCCAGUGCACCGAGCGCGACGAGUUCUCGUACCAGGAGAUGAUCACCCACCUGGCCAUGAACUCGCACCCCAACCCCAAGAAGGUUCUCGUCAUCGGUGGUGGUGACGGCGGUGUCCUCCGCGAGGUCGUCAAGCACGAGUGCGUCGAGGAGGCCGUCCUCUGCGACAUUGACGAGGCCGUCAUCCGUCUCUCCAAGAAGUACCUCCCCGGCAUGGCCGUUGGCUACCAGCACCCCAACGUCAAGACCCACGUCGGCGACGGCUUCAAGUUCCUCGACGACAAGAAGGGCGAGUUCGAUGUCAUCAUCACCGACAGCUCCGACCCGGAGGGCCCCGCCGAGGCUCUGUUCCAGAAGCCCUACUUUGAGCUGCUGAAGGGUGCCCUGAGAGAGGGCGGUGUCAUUACUACCCAAGGUUGUAAGCACCCUUUCCUAGUCCCCUGGCUCCCUUUGCUGCUCGGCAGAGGCCAGUCUNCCGAGAACCAGUGGCUGCACCUCCCCUUGAUCACCAAGCUCAAGCAGGACUGCAAGCAGGUCUUCCCCAACGUCGAGUACGCCUACACCACCAUCCCCACCUACCCCUCUGGCCAGAUCGGCUUCAUGGUCUGCUGCCUCGACGCCAACCGCAACCUCAAGAAGCCCGUUCGCCAAUGGUCCGAGGCCGAGGAGGACAAGCUGUGCAAGUACUACAACAAGGAGAUCCACGAGGCCUCGUUUGUUCUGCCCAACUUCGCCAAGAAGGCCCUCAAG